AUGGACAAGGCUGGUUUCUCAGGGCGGAAGGCUUCGAGACAACGGGAGGACUUCCCUGUCGAUGGGGCUUUCUCCCAAACUAAGCUGCACGCCCAUCACUAUUUCUCCUCGGAAAACAACAUCCUGAGUGUCUCGGGUCAAGCGAUUCCGACAGCGGAGGACCCUCCAGAGAGGACCGCACAUGGAGGGACGUGCAGAAAGGCAGGCGCGGUCUGGACUCUGGGUAAAAUGACUGAACGCGCUGCCAAGGAAAACUCUGACGAGGAGCAAUGCUGCCCCCCAACUCUUCACGUCCCAGCGAAGAAAGGGGACCGCUCAAAGUCAGCCCUUUCUGACAUUGUACAGCGUUAUCUUUCCAAAGAGGAGCUUUUAAAAAGCCAAGGCAGUCCUUGGGAAACUCCCCCAGAGGUCUCCAAAUCGGACAGUUUUGACGAAGCCAUUGUAAAAAGUAUUAUCUUGCAUUAUGUUAACAGUUUUUGGCCAAAAGAACCGACUCCAGAAUUCACUGACGAGCUCGAUUCUCAGAAGGAGGAUGACACGGGCAGUGAGCCCAGCUGUUGCCCAACCACGACAGCAGGAAACACCGCUGAGAGAGAAGAGCCAGUGACUGCUGGAGACGGCAGUCUUGCACAAAAUUCCAAUUUUCUAACUAAAUCCAAGGAUUCAAGCAAUAAACAGAAAGGCUGCCAAGAGCAGAAACUGCAGACGGAAAACACAAGCUCAGGCCCUGGGUUCAAAUAUGGCCAAGUCUGUUAUCGGUUCUCUGAUCGCUAUAGUGUUGCUCCACAAGUGAAAAUCCCUAAAAAUAAUACGAUUGAUAAACCACUUCCAACAGACAGACAAGCCAGCUUUCCUCCUGAACUGAGAGCUGAAUUAGCUCUUGGGCAAGAAAUUCCAGAAGGUACGGCUAGGCCAGACCGUGCUGAGAAGGAAGAGCAGGAAAGGAAGACUGGGGACCCCUCACAGCAGACAGAGGUGCAGCCUGCAACACACAGCCACCAAGAACAGCUCACAGGAACGGAAUCUGAGACCCGCCUCUGGAAGCUGUCACCGGCCUCUCAGAAAGACCCUUCCUCGAUCUCUUCCAUAUUCCUCAAGAUAUCCCAAGGGAGAGAGAUGUGCCAGAGGCUGAGAGAACAGACUGAUCAGCUGAAGACUAAAGUGCAAGAAUUUUCCAGAAGCCUAGCACAGGACUCUCCUGGCCACCAGAAAGAUGAGAGGCUGGAGCUGGAGAAGCUGCAGGCGCACCUGGAACUGCUGAAGCAGGAGUUUGGGGCUGAGGAGCAGCUGGCUUUGGAGCAGCAAGUCCGCCAGCCUAAACCCCCAGCUGUCAGUGAUUCUGAUCCCAAAAGAAAAGCGGAAGGUGAAGUCUCCAGGUUGGAGACGCUACUUGGAGACGUUGAAGGGAAGGCAGAUGAAGGCAAACACACCUCAGCUGGCUCUCUUCCCGAGAGUUCACCAACCCUCCCGGGUGACCUGCCCUCCGCCUCCUCUCCACCCUCAGAUGAGGACCCCAGCCACGCCUCCGCCUCCCCCGGAAGGCAGCAACAUGCAGAGACAACCGGCUGGAGCUGUGCCCUCUGCCACCGGGUCCUCGAAUGGAAGCAAAACCUGGAGAAGAAAGGCCACAGAGGGACCCGCUGUGGAGGGCUUCCCACUGCCCGUCAGGAAAAGGCACCACAUCCAGAUGCACUUCUCAGUCCCGGUACAGGACUCAGCAGCUCUUCUGCUCCCGGCGCUGGGCUGCAGAGCAACCCAUGUGAGACCUGUGGCACUAGGACUCCCAGCUGCCCUGGAGGCGGCCGUAAGCAACCACUCACAGAAUUUCAUUACAGAUACAACACCCCGGGACAGAAUUACUCAAAUCAGAGCGAAGGAAGAGCCUCUGUCCAGCUCCGUUUUUUAAGUGAAAACGAAAAUUCUCCACCUUCUUAUUCAAAACCAAACUGGAUCUGUUCCCGGAGGGCAAAUUCAAAAUCCUCUCAAGAUGAGCCUGAGCCCACACCAGGAAAAAAAAACCUUAAGGCUCCCAUGACCUCCACUUCAGACCUGGCUACCUCCUCACCCCAUUUCCACUCUGGCAGGGUUUCUGGAAGCAAAUCCUUAAGCGAAGAAACAAAAUCUGAGGGUUUAACUGCGUCUCUGGACCAUGCCCUGAGGACAGCAACCAUUUUGAAAAAAACGACUGAUCAAAUGAUCAGAACUAUUGCAGAAGAUCUCGCCAAACUGCAGAGAUGGAGGAAUCGAGUGAAAUACUAG